AGGUACCCUUAGCGCUGAAAAUGCGCACAAAAAUAGACAAUCGGAUACGAACACUCAUCGAAAAUGGUGUUGCCAAGGGACAUCGAAGCAUGUUUGUCGUUGUCGGAGAUAGAGGAAGGGAUCAGAUCUCCGUUCUUCAUCAUAUUCUGUCGAAAGCUGCUGUUGCAGCGCGGCCUACCGUAUUGUGGUGCUAUAAAAAGGAGUUAGGUUAUAGCUCCAACAAGAAGAAGCGAAUACGACAAAUACAUACGAAGUCGUCAAUAAGCACUAUAACGGAGGGCGAUCCGUUCGAAGUUUUCAUAUCCACUACAAAGAUUCGCUAUUGCUAUUAUAAUGAGACACAAAAUAUCCUUGGGAACACUUAUGGAAUGCUGGUGUUGCAGGAUUUCGAGGCACUAACGCCAAAUUUAUUGGCUCGUACUAUCGAGACCAUAGAGGGGGGAGGUAUUGUAGUCUUGUUGAUGAAAACUGUCAACUCAUUGCGGCAACUGUAUACGAUAACAAUGGAUGUACAUAAUCGCUAUAGGACAGAGUCUCAUACACAAAUAGUAGCUCGAUUCAACGAGCGGUUUAUACUCUCGCUUGCAAGCUGCAAAAAUAUCGUCGUAGUCGAUGAUCAGCUGCAUAUCCUGCCAAUCUCUGGUCACAUACAGUCGUUGGAACCGGUUCAACCUUCCGUGAAGGGUGCACUGUCAGCAUCUGAGGCAGAGCUAAAAGCUCUCAAAGAAGGCAUGAAGGAUACGAAACCUGUUGGACCAUUGCUUAAUAAGUGUCGAACUGCUGACCAGGGAAAAGUUCUUCUCAGGCUCCUUGAUGUCAUUACUGACAAAGAUUUGAAUGUCACUUGUUCUAUUACUGCAGCCAGAGGGCGAGGAAAGUCAGCCUCAUUAGGUCUGGCCCUGGCUGGUGCAGUUGCAUUCGGGUACUCGAACAUCUUCGUUACAUCGCCAUCACCUGAAAAUCUAAAGACGCUUUUCGAAUUUGUAGUCAAAGGCUUUGACACGAUGGGCUAUCAGGAACAUAUCGACUUCGAGCUUAUCCAGUCUACUAAUCCUGAAUUCCAAAAAGCUCUCGUCCGAGUGAAUGUAUUCAGGGAGCAUCGACAGACAAUUCAGUACAUUCACCCAUCAGAUGCUGGAAAGUUAGGGCAAGCUGAACUGGUAGUGGUUGAUGAAGCUGCUGCUAUACCGCUUCCAUUGGUGAAGGAGUUGAUUUUUGGUCCAUACAUUGUGUUUCUAUCAUCCACGAUCAAUGGCUAUGAGGGAACUGGUCGCAGCUUAUCUUUGAAACUUCUUCAACAACUUCGACAGCAGUCUGCUGGAACUGCUAAGGGAGAGAAAUUAGCUGCAAGCAAAGGUAGAAAGCUGCACGAGCUCACUAUGGAAGAAAGUAUAAGGUAUAAACCUGGCGAUGAGAUUGAGCAAUGGCUUAACCGCGUUCUUUGCUUGAAUGCUGCCAAUAUUAAUACAAAGCUAUCAUGCGGGACUCCACCUCCAAGUGAAUGCGAGUUAUAUUUCGUGAAUCGCGAUACGCUGUUUUCAUUCCACAAAGCUUCGGAGCAGUUUCUACAGCAAAUAAUGGCAAUUUAUGUUGCCGCUCAUUACAAGAACUCCCCUAAUGAUUUGCAGAUGCUGAGCGAUGCUCCUGCACAUCAUCUUUUUGCAUUGAUGUCACCCGUAAAGGAAGAUCAGUCAUCUGUACCUGAGGUAUUAGCCCUAGCACAAGUUUGUCUUGAAGGAAAUCUUUCCGAAGGGACUGUUGCGGGAGCUCUAGGUACUGGAAAGCGUGCAGCAGGUGAUUUAUUGCCGUGGACUAUUUCACAGCAGUUUAUGGACCGUGAGUUUCCGACCUUAUGCGGUGGUAGAGUUGUUCGAAUAGCUGUGCAUCCGGACUUCCAAUCUAUGGGUUAUGGUUCACGAACCCUUGAACUGCUUGAGGAGUACUACUUAGGUCAUGUACCUUCUGUAGAAGAGAAUGUCAAGGAAAGCGUGAAGACAGUGAAGGAUGGAAGUACAGUAGCUCUCUUGGAAGAACAAAUAGCCCCUCGCACUGAUCUCCCUCCCUUAUUGAUGCGCCUAAGUGAAAGAAAAGCUGAGCGAUUGGAUUACUUAGGAGUGUCUUUUGGUUUAACCUUGGAUCUCUUGAAAUUCUGGAAAAAGAGCGGUUUCGUUCCGGUGUAUUUGAGACAGACGCCUAGUCCCCUUACUGGAGAGUACACAUGUGCUAUGUUAAAGCGACUAAACGAAGAAAGUGAUGCAUCUUCUUCUUGGUUGGCUGCGUAUUUCCGUGAAUUUCGGAAGAGGCUUCUUUCUCUAUUGUCGUUUGAAUUCAAGAAGUUACCUAUCAACUUGGGCCUAUCUUUAUUACAAAUUCGGAACAAAGAGGUCCAAGCGGCGCUGCAAAGUGAUCGGAAGGUCAUCACUCGGGAGCAAUUGUCAAUGUUUUUGUCCAAUGUUGAUCUCAAGCGGUUAUCGGAAUACGCUCGUAAUCUGGUCGACCAUCAAAUGAUCACUGAUUUGCUUCCAACCAUCUCAAAACUAUAUUUCGGAGAUAAUUUGAGAGAGAUUGUAAAACUCUCAACGGCUCAAGCUGCUGUUCUGUUGGGCCUUGGGUUGCAACAUAAGAGCGCAGAAACUGUUCAAGAAGAGCUGGAUCUUCCUCAGAGUCAAGUGUUAGCUUUUCAUUCGAAAACAAUAAGAAAGUUAUCAGAAGAGUUUGACGCUAUCUGCAUGGAAUCACUUCGACAGCUCAUCCCUGACAAGACGCGUGAUCUUGACAAGGAGGAACAAGCAGCGGCCGUGGCUCGGCUGAAGCCGCUAGCUGAAAGUCUCGAGGACGAGCUGAACAAAGCUGCUGAAGAAAUCAAAGUACGACAGUUAAAGGAUAAGAAAGCUCUUUUGGAAGAAACAGAAGGUGAUCUAUCGCAGUAUGCUAUAAAUGCUGACACAAAGACCUUGGCCAAGGCUAGUGAUAUUAAAAUGAUCUAUAGCCGAAAGCUGGCAAGUGGAAAAAGAAAAGAUUCAAAAGAAGAUGGUGGACCAACUAAGAAAAAGAAAAUGUUCAAGAAGAAAAGAAUGAUUUGAUGCCAGUGGGUAACUUGUCGUCAUAGUCAGCUUUGUUUCAAAUUUCUUUAGUUUUCCAUGUGAAGGUUGUUGAUACGUUGUUGUACCUUGUUGUUAUGUUGUUACACUGUUAAAUAUCGCUUAUAAAAUCUUUAUAUUAAUGUUGAGC